AGCAGAGCUCUAAACGGACAGAUUACUACCAGAUAGACUGCCGCGUUACAGUGAGCGAUUUUUUAAAAAUUAAUUCCAUUUCUCUUUGGGUCGAUUACGGACUAUAGAGCGACACUAUAGAAUUGCUGGUUAGUUGUGAAGGAGUUUUUGGAGUUUACAUUUUAGUUUAUCGCUUGUUAAAAUUAUUUGAGAGUAUUUGUUUUGACGAAAAUACUGUUUACCGACGGCCUGGUGGAGAAAUCCGUUACCUGAGGAUAACAAAUCAAAGAAAUCUGCUUUAAACGAAUACUUUUACCAGGGAUUCCCCGUUUCCGAAUGAAGGGAUUUGUGCGCAUUUUCGGUUGCAGUCUUUUUAGAAAAUUGGUUGACUCAUCAUCGCAUUGAGUGCCUUCGCCUGGUUUUUGUUUUGAGCUCUCCCAGAAAUGGUGGGACACCUACAUUUACAAGCUAUGGAUGAUAGUCUGAAAGGAAAGAAUCGGGAGGGACUGCUUGACAGUCCGGAUUCGGGACUCCCUCCGAGUCCAAGUCCGCCCUUCUAUUCGCUGUCUCCAGGUCUGCUCGAGUCGCGCUCCGGGAGUUGUUCAACGCCAGUCGAGAACCAUGGAUACUAUAAAAAGGAGAGCAAAGGCAAACUGCUGCCGUACCUUCUCCUGAACUCAACGGGGACGGACCCGAGGACACGCAUGUACCCUGUGUUCUUUGGUGAGAGCAUCGAGGUCAACCCCAAACCUGAAACAGAGAUCAAGUGUAACUCUGAAGUGAAGUACGACUCAGACAGGCACUACCGGGACCAGGUGUACUGCGCUCCCGUUCCCACGGUGACUUCCUACAGCGAGAUGGUGGUGGCCGUGCAGAACUGCACCUGGCGGCGCUACAAGUCCCAGGUGUACCUAGAGCCACGUCAGAGGCCCCUGCACUAUCAAAGCACCACCAUUGUGUACCCCAAACAUGCCAAGAACACUUACCGCACCACGCUCAACUACAACGCGACGGGUUCCCAGCGGUGGUUUGUCUCCACCGUCCAGCUGAAGUCCAGUGAGGGCAGCAGCCCCUGCAUCAUCUACGCUGAGGACCUCUAAACCUGAUCUCAGACCUGACCUGCCUGGCUAUUCCUACUGCUGUGGACUGGAUACACACAGAGGCUGACAGACAGUUGGACACACAGGAAGACUGAUAGACUGAAAUAGACUGACACACAGAGGGUGGUAAUAUUGCAUACUGUAUAAGGAAUAUUGUAGGGGAGUACAUCGAAUCACAAAGGCCUUUAAUGAGUUGUCCUUCAUGUUCGUUAGUCUUGUGGGGCAGAGCGCUGCCAGUCUGCAGCCUCUUCUCUCCAGGAACACCUCUGAUAGUUGAGCAUGACUCUGGGGGUUGAUGGUACCAUGUUACACACCUUAUUUGACUGUAAAGAUUCAUUAUAGAAAUGGACAUAUUCAUGCUCAAAAGCUAACAUGUGAAUCCACACAGAUGCAUGCAAAGCAGUCUAAUAGCUUGAUUGCACUUAUUUUAACAUUGUGUAAGUAUUCUGAAAGAGGGGGAAACCAAAAGAUUGGACCAAAGAUUUUGUUACAAAGAAGAUUUCACCCUCGUAGUAAGUAAUGUCUUUGUCACAUCCUCAUCAGACUCUCAAACACGACUCCUGCAUUAGAUCUACAACACUUCAUCGUUCUCAUCCCAACAACUGUCUUGAGGGUGUCACGAGCACAUCAUUGUCGUAUCUCAAAAGAUGCCCAGUGACGUCAAACUCAUUCUGCGGCUUUGCUGUCUUGCUUUGACAGACACCAAACCACAUCUUCAUGACAAUAGACAUUAGUGACCUCAAACUCUAGAAUGUGCCUUUUUAGUCUGAUAGACACUGAGGCAUUUUAAAGCUAGAAUCCUUAAUUGAAACAAUAACAAAGUGGUCACUGUGUUUUGGUAAAAAAGCUGAGGGAUGGGCCUGGAGAAAUGUA